CAACUUCUCUGUUCUUGAUUGAUGCAAUGAAUAAAAUUGAAAUUCCUUUACAAGCUACAAUCAAGAAUUGAAGAAGUUGGACCUUUUCUUUCUUUUUGUUCCAUACUCAUCAAAUUUUGAUUUCUCUCAAUCACGCUUCAUUUUUCUCCAACACAUGGAAUCAUUUUUGUUUCAAUUUAGAGACUUUGGAAUAAAUUCUUGAUUUCCUUUUCCGUCGCUUGGGAGAAAACAAGCCUCUUCUUCUACCUUGGGAAGGAAGAUUUCAUAUUUGUAUUGCAAAAGGAUCCACCAUUACUGACAAGCAAAAUGAAUGGUCUUUUGAAAAGCUUAAAAUACUUUACCCAUAUGUUUGUAGAUAAAAAACCAGAAAUGCAAAUAGGACCUCCUACAGAUGUAAAACAUGUUGCCCAUAUUGGUAUGGAUGGUCCGUCUGCCACCAAGCCUUCUUGGAUGAAUGAGUUUACUUCUGCUCCAAAAUUCUCGGCAGAUGCUUUAAAUGGCAAUCUAGAAGUGAAUCCUUCAGCAUCAGAAAAUCCAAACUCAUUGCCACCUAAUGGUAAUGAGAAGCAAAGGAAGAAACAUCGGAAGCCAGCGGUUGAAACUGACUCUCCUAAAGGUUCUCCUAAAGCUAGCAAGAAGUCCAAGCAAAAUCGUUUGGCAAACAAUACGACGGCAGAAUGCCCUGGUCAAGAAGUACAGAGGACCAAGAACUCGAUUCGGGACAGCGAAUCAUCUUGCCAAGACGCAACUGAAGUCCCGAAAAAACCUCGGAAAAAGAAAUCAAGGGGAUCAUCGGGCGGAUCGGGGACAUCAUCGCCAACGUCGACAUCAAAAGCUCCGAAUCUCUUGCCCUCAGUCAACGAGGUUGAAUGUUAAAAGAAGGUGGAAGCUUAAAGAGGCCAUAAUAGAUUACAACUGCGUCAAACUGUAAUCCCCAUGAAAAAUUUCUUCUUCAUCUAUUAUUGAUGUCUCAAACUUGUUUUACUUGUAGCUUUAGCUUGCAUGGUUUUUAAAGAACUUCUCAACUACAAAACUUCUUUUCUGUUGAUAUACUUUUGUGAUUGAACUGUGUAAGCUUUUGGAUUUAUUACUAGGGAAUCGAUUCGUGUACAUGAAGGUGAAUCCUUGGCACUCAA